AUGAAAACUUCAGUCUACUGCAGCAUUCUAGUCGUGCUAAUUCUUGCGAGCUUUUUGGAAAAUGGCCACCUUUGUGUUGCAGAUCCUACUGAUGGAUUCACCCCUGUGCCUCUAACUGAUGCCAACUUUAAACUGCAGAAACCAUAUGACAUACCACUUGAGGAUCGUUACACUUAUAAAGAUGGUGUUCAUAGAUUUUGGGUCUACAACAAAGACAAGCCUUUCAAGCCUGAUAGCACCACCAGACCACGCACUGAAAUUCGCAUCUCUGGACAUGACUACUCAUCAGGAGUUUGGCAAUUCGAAGGCUACACUUUUGUGCCGAGUGGAACCUCCGGCGUGACGAUAAUGCAGAUUCAUGGCGCAACCGUGGGAGCCACAACGCUGCAGCUAAGGAUGUACAAGCCUGGAGACAUAAGGUAUUAUCGGUACAACUUGGUGGCUGCUGAUCUCUACGAUAGGUGGGUCAGAGUGAAUGUAAUCCACGAUGUGGAUAAGGGAAAAGUUACAGUUUUCAUCGAUGGAGUCAAGAAGUUUGUGGUGAAAGAUCAAGGGCCAGGGGACCUGUAUUUCAAAUGUGGAGUUUAUGCUGCGCCAUUUGGUUCCAGCAAUUACAUGGAAUCAAGGUGGAAAGGGAUCAAACUUUUCAAAAAAUGA